GCUUUCGUAGGACCAAUUCCAAAUAUCUUGCCUCAGAGAUAUCUCGGGGACUCCUCUGGUCCCCACACUCACACCUCUGGCUGGAAUGGGAGUCUCGUGAAGCAGUGCGAGGUCCCUGCCGGCGACAGGGGACAAAGUUCCAGAAAUAGAAUUACUGGCUCAGAUGAGAAACACAAGUCAUCGGUGAAUUAACAAGCACCAUAUUUUCACAUCCAGCCAUUGAAGAGUGGUUAACCCAGCUUGAUCUCUGAAGACUCUUCUGCAUCCCACCUUGCCCCCAAUUGCUUUCCAAAGAGAAACCAAAAAUGAUCGAGUCCCAGGACCCAGUGACAUUUGAGGAUGUGGCUGUGGACUUUACCCAAGAAGAAUGGCAGCAGCUGGACCCUGCUCAGAAGACCCUGCACAGGGAUGUAAUGCUGGAGACCUAUAGUCACCUGGUGUCUGUGGGGUGUUCAGGUAUAAAACCGGAUGUAAUCUUUAAGUGGGAACAUGGAGAGGACCUGCGGAUCACAGAGAGUGAGUUGUCAAGGUGGAUCUACCCAGUCAGGGAGAAAGGCCUUGAAUCUUCCCAGAAGAUCAUUUCUGGAGAACUUUCAUUUCAAAGAGAGAUACUAGAAAGAUCCUCAAUGGACAAUUCAUUAUACUCCAUUUUAAAAGUCUGGCAUAUUGAUGAUCAGAUAGAUAGAUAUCAAAGAAACCAAGACAGAGUUUUGAGGAAGAUCACGGUCAUCAGCCAUGAAACACUGACUGAGGAGACAGGCUCCAAGUACAGUGCAUUUGGAAAAAUGCUCAAUGAGUGCACAGACCCUGACCCUUCAUGCAAAAGACUUCAUAAUUUUGAUUCGUGUGAAAAGAGCUUGAAAUCUAAUUUAGACUCACUAAAUUAUAGUAGGAGCUAUACAAGAAGGAGCCCUAUUGAGAGAUUUGGAUGUGGGAGACCACCUAGCUAUAGUGCUUUCUAUUAUUUGCCUGAGAAUGAAGGGUUAAUUCAUACUGGAAUGAAACACUAUGGAGACAGUCAAUAUGAAAAAGUUCUUCAUAAUAAGCGAGCCCAUAUUCAGUAUAAGAAGUUUCAAGCUGGAGAGAAGCCCAAUGUUUGUAGUGUGUGUGGGAAGGACUUUAUCAAGAAGUCACAGCUCAUUAUACAUCAAAGAAUUCAUACUGGAGAGAAACCGUAUGUCUGUGGAGAUUGUGGGAAAGCCUUCAGUGAAAAAUCACACCUUAUUGUGCAUCAAAGGAUUCAUACUGGGGAGAAACCCUAUGAAUGUACUGAGUGUGGAAGGGCCUUCUCCCAGAAGUCACCCUUCAUUGUUCAUCAGAGAGUCCAUACUGGAGAGAAACCCUAUGAAUGUUUUGAAUGUCCAAAGGCUUUCUCCCAGAAGUCACACCUUCUUAUACAUCAGCGAGUUCAUACCAGAGAAAAGCCCUUUGAAUGCAGUGAACGUGGGAAAGCCUUCUGUGAGAAGUCUCACCUUUUUAUACACCAAAUAGCUCAUACUAGGGAGAAACCCUAUGAAUGUACUGAAUGUGGGAAGACCUUCCUUCGGAAAACACAGCUCAUCAUACAUCAGAGAACACAUACUGGAGAGAGGCCUUAUAAAUGUAGUGAAUGUGGGAAAACCUUUUGCCAGCAGUCCCACCUCAUAGGACACCAAAGAAUUCAUACAGGAGAGAAACCUUAUGUAUGUAGCGACUGUGGGAAGGCUUUUUCCCAGAAAUCACAUCUCACUGGCCAUCAAAGACUUCAUACUGGAGAGAAACCUUAUGUGUGUACUGAAUGUGGAAAAUCUUUCUCUCAGAAAUCACCUCUUAUCAUACAUCAGAGAAUUCAUACAGGGGAGAAACCCUAUGUGUGUAGCGAAUGUGGCAAAACCUUCUCCCAGAAAUCACCCCUUAUUAUUCAUCAGAGAAUUCACACAGGGGAGAAACCUUAUCAGUGUACUGAGUGUGGGAAGGCCUUUUCCCUGAAGUCACAUCUUGUUAUACAUCAGAGAGCUCAUACUAGAGAGAAACCAUAUGAAAGUAGUGAAUGUGGAAAGGCCUUCUGUGAGAAGUCUCCAUUCAUUAUACAUCAGAGAACACAUACUAAGGAGAAACCCUCUGAAUGUGCUGAGUAUGGAAUGACUUUUUCCCGGAAAUCACAGAUGAUCACGUAUCAGAGAACACAAACUGGGGAGAAACUCUUCAAAUGUAGUGACUGUGGGAUGACCUUCUGCCAGCAUGUACACCUCACUGGACAUCAGAAUCCAUAUAGGAGAGAAACCUUAUAUAUGUACUGAUUGUGGGAAGACCUUUUUCCAGAAGCUAGACCUCAUCAUACAUGGGAAAACUCAUAUUGAAUGUGGCAACUUGUCAACUGUAGAAUAGACUUAUGUAUUCCUCAGCAUGCCUGAUUACCCUUCCACAGAAUGAUCUGGUUAGGCCCUCAGAAUGUUCUCAGUAUGAUAAAUGUGGGAUUGAUUUGUUCACCCUCAAAUUCUUUCAGUCCCCUUCACAGUAUAAAUGCAGCUGAAGCAAUUAGCA